GAGGGAAAGGGCCUGCCGCAGCUGAGGUGACGCAUCACUGCCAGGCAAACCCAAGCAGCAGCUGGGUCAGCAGGCAGCAGGAGCACAGGCCACCGUCCCCCUGGGGGUUUCAGAAUGGACCUGUGCCACCCAGACCCAGCAGAACUGAGCAGUAGGGAGACGGAGGAGCUACAGCAGAUCAAAUGGCACCGGAAGCAGCUUCUGGAAGACAUCCAGAAGCUGAAGGAGGAGAUCGCAGAUGUGUUUGCCCAAAUUGACUGCUUCGAAAGUAUGGAGGAGAGCCGGAUGGCCCAGAGGAAGAAGGAACUGUGCAUUGGACGCAAGAAGUUCAACAUGGACCCCAGCAAGGGCAUCCAGUAUCUCACUGAACACAACCUGCUGAAGCCCAACGUCCAGGACAUCGCUGAGUUCCUCCAUAAAGGGGAGGGCCUCAACAAGACAGCCAUAGGCACCUACCUGGGGGAGAGGGACCCCAUCAAUCUGCAGGUCCUCCAGGCCUUUGUGGACUGCCAUGAGUUCGCCAACCUCAACCUCGUCCAGGCCCUCAGGCAGUUUCUGUGGAGCUUCCGGCUGCCGGGAGAGGCCCAGAAGAUCGAUCGAAUGAUGGAGACCUUCGCCACCCGAUACUGCCUCUGCAACCCGGGCGUCUUCCAGUCCACAGACACCUGCUACGUCCUGUCCUUCUCCAUCAUUAUGCUCAACACCAGCCUCCACAACCCCAACGUCCGGGACAGGCCGCCCUUCGAGCGCUUUGUCUCCAUGAACCGUGGCAUAAAUGGUGGCAGCGACCUGCCUGAGGAGCAGCUGCGGAACCUCUUUGACAGCAUCAAGAGUGAGCCCUUCUCCAUCCCGGAGGACGACGGCAAUGACCUCACUCACACCUUCUUCAACCCGGACCGCGAGGGCUGGCUGCUGAAGCUGGGGGGCCGUGUGAAGACGUGGAAACGGCGCUGGUUCAUCCUAACUGACAACUGCCUCUACUACUUUGAGUUUACCACCGACAAGGAGCCACGAGGGAUCAUACCACUUGAGAACCUCUCAGUCCAGAAGGUGGAUGACCCCAAGAAACCAUUCUGCCUGGAGCUCUACAACCCCAGCUGCCAGGGCCAGAAGAUAAAGGCCUGCAAGACAGAUGGCGAUGGCAAGGUGGUGGAGGGCAAGCACGAAUCCUACCGGAUCUCAGCCGCCAGCGCCAAGGAGCGGGACCAGUGGAUCGAGGCCAUACGAGCCAGCAUCACCCGCGUCCCCUUCUAUGACCUAGUCUCUGCUAGAAAGAAGAAGAUUACCAGCGAGCAGUGAGCUUCCUGGGGAGAUGGCUCUGGGGGCCAGCAUCCUGGGAACCCCACGACUUGUGGUGCCUGGAGACCCACCUCUCACCCCUAGUGCACCCUUUCCUGGUCUUCAGAUGUCAGCUGACAGUGGGGCAGGAACUGGAGCUCAGGAGAUUGGGUGGCCCUCUGCCUGAGCAGGGCUCAUCACAUACACAGCUCAGUCCCAUGGAGAGGACCCCUGGAGACGCCAGGAGCUUGAACCCCAGGGUUCCUGUCCCACCUUCGUCUCCAACUCACUGUGUGACCUCUGCUUCGUCAUGCAUCCUCUCUGGGUCUUGACCAAAUGAGGUGUUUGGACUAGAGGUGUCUUGGCCCCUUUGAGCUCUGUGGCUGUUUCUCAAAGCCCACUUUGGAUACUGGGUACUGGCACCACCCCCACCCCCAGGCAUGGCAGGAGCAGCCCCAGUUUGGGGCGGGAGGGGAGGGGUGCAGCGGUCAGCUGGACAGCCUUCUCCUCCCCAGCUGCCUCCUCUCGGCGAAGGUCAAGAUUACACUGGGCCUCCCCUGAGGAGCUUUCAGCUCAAGAGCCUGUAUCUGUUUACUGAGCCGGGGCAGGCCGUGGGUGGAAGGUCACCAGGGAAUCAAGAGCUUCCUUCAAGGAAGUCCGUUCAAAGGAAAGCGGCAGGUGGGACCCCUCAAGGAAACACCAGAGAGCAUCCCAGACAGAUGGAACUCAAGCAAGACUGGCAGUUUAACCAAGAGACCGAGAAGACUGUGCUUUGUACGUUGUUAUCAGGAGGGCUGCCUGGAGGCGAGAGCAGAGCUGAUGAGAGACACAGGGCUCAUGCCUGGUGAGGCAGAGUCUCAGCCACAGCUUCCCUGCUGGACCACAGGCCAGGGGUACUGUGGUGUGACAGACAGCCCCAGUGAGCCCCAGAGUCCCAAGACCCGCUGCAGCAGUCCUACCAGAGUAGAGCUGACAUCCCCGCCCAGGCAAGCGGCUCUGUCUCCAGGGAGCACCCAGCCUGGAGGAGGAUUCCAUGAACAGGCUGCUUCUUAGAAGCACUUCUCGCCCCUUCACACAGGCCCCAGAGAGUUCCUGGAGGGAAAUUCCCUGGCAGGGGAACAGCAGAUGGAGUUGCCUCUGCCCCACUGCCAAGCUGUGUGGGCGAGCAGGAGCCAGGUGGAUUCCCCAGGAGGAGCAGCAGCUCCAAGGGCAGCCCCUCCCCCCCUACACACACACCCUUCCACAGGGCCUGGGCUGCUCAAGAAUGGAGUAGCUGCCUUGUGAGGUGGUGAGAUUCCUGUCCCUGGAGGUGUGCAAGCAUCUGGUAAUGAUAUUGCACCAGCAAGGGUCUGGGUUGGCAUCUGCUGGAAGAUAAAGCAGAGGCCUUGCUGGAUAUCUGAGGACUUCUGCAGACCCCAGCCUGGGAGCUGAGCUCUACCUCUGUCGCCCCGUUUGGCCCAUAAAGUGGCAGUCAGGAAUUGUGGAAGGAGAACUGGGCUGGGAGUCAGGAGGCUGGAUGGAGGUCCUCUCUUGCCUCUGGCACACACUGGCUGAGUGACUUUGGCCCACUCCUUGCCCUCUCUGGUCCUCAACUUCCUCCUCCACCACUAAGUGGGUGGAAACAGUGACUUUCCGGGUACAAGCGGCUGUUCUGGAAAUCACUCAGAGGCGAGAAUAAAGCUCAUGAUCCAGCUCGUGA